AUGAGCGCAUACGCCAUGUUGGACGCGAGACAGACUGUCGUUAACGCGAACGACUUGCCCCCCGGUUGGGUUAUCCAGAAUGGUCGUGCUAUCCCAUGGUGGUACAGCCGGACAGGUGUAAUCGUCAAGUGGUCCGUCUUCCUCGGUCUCACGACGCUCUUCGCCGCCUUCCUCAUCAUUGGCUACAUGCACGGCAAGAGGCGACUCAAGAAGGGCCUCCUGCCGCUGGGCUACCACCGCUGGCUCUUCAGCAGGGCCCAGCUGGCCCGCGUCGACAGCCGCUACGCCUGGCCGCAGGCGUCGUAUCAGAACUACCGCCCGGAGUACUACAACCAGCAGCAGGGCGGCUACUACGGGAUGCAGGGCAUGCCGCCGCCGACGUACGACCCCAACGCCGCCAGGCCGCCCAUGUACGCACCGCCCGACGGAGGCUCCAAGGUCGACCCGUCUCAGGAGUACGGCGUCACGCCCCCGCCCGGCCCGCCUCCGCCCCCGGCUGCGGUGCCGGCGAACCACACCGGCCAGUCGUACCCGUAUAGAGCGCAGUGA